UUCGCAUGUGCGCCCAAAACUGAUACCGUCUGCAUCGCCGCCGAUACAAUGCGCGAUUACAUCUUGCUUGGGCUUGUGACUUGGCUGGCACGCGCCGCAUCUGACCCGUCCCGUUAUAAAGCCCAACAACCUAUGCUCGCUCCGCUACACAGCCCAGGCAGCGGUAAAUAUUCUGUUCAGACUCCACCUUUGGACACAGACUGGACAUACCAGGUUGGCACAGAUCCGUGGCCACAGUAUCCCCGACCCAAGCUUGCCCGGCCCAAAUGGCAAAGCUUGAAUGGAGUCUGGACAUACGCCAAUGCUUCCGGCCACGAUGCUCUUGAUCAUCCGCCAUUCAAUCGGACGUUGUCAAAAGAGGUGCUGGUCCCGUUUUGUCUAGAGAGUGCUUUAUCUGGCCUUCAAGGCGAGCGUACGAUACACUCGUGGUAUAGGACGACUUUCACCGUACCGGGGUCAUGGGAUAGCGAGGAUCGUGUAGUCCUCAAUUUUGGAGCUGUUGAUUACGAGGCAACUGUUUUUAUCAACGGACAGAAGGCCACAUUCCACCGCGGAGGCUUCUUCUCCUUUUCCGUCGACGUUACGUCCUACCUAAAUGGUGGCGAAGAAGAAUUGGUCGUGUUUGCUUUUGACCCCUCAGACAGUGACUCCUACGUAAUACCACUGGGUAAACAGACGCUCACUCCCGACCACAUAUUCUAUCGACCAUGUAGUGGCAUAUGGCAGAGCGUAUGGCUUGAAUCAGCACCAAGAAGUCAUAUCAAAGAUCUUGAGAUUCAGGGCGAUGCGAGCGGUCUUGUCAACCUGACAGUGGUCGCCACAGAUGGCCUUCCAUCCGUUGUCAAUAUUACAAUUCACGAGCGGAUGACAAACUCGAUUGUAGCUAAACAUGUGGCGAAUGCUGGCUCCCCGGUUACAUUCAACGUCCCAUCAGUCAAGCCUUGGUCACCCGAUUCUCCCACCCUUUACGAUGUCACUAUCACAAUGGGCUCAGAUACAGUACGCAGCUAUAUUGGAUUUCGAACAGUGAAGAAAGUCAGGGUCAAUGGGGUGCAGAGAAUUGUGUUGAAUGACAAAGUCAUCUUUCCGUUCGGCACACUUGAUCAAGGUUAUUGGCCAGAUGGCUUAUACACUCCACCUACGUAUGAAGCUAUGACUUUCGACAUCAAGACACUCAAACGGCUUGGCUACAACAUGCUCCGAAAACACGUCAAAGUUGAAUCUGCGCUCUACUACGCAGCUGCCGACGAGCUGGGUAUCUUGAUAAUGCAGGAUAUGCCCUCACUUCCAUCCUCGCUCAAACCGAACAAGAUCCAGUAUGCCGAAUUCGAACGCCAGCUUAAAUUACUUGUCAACCAAUUCAAAAGCUACACAUCAAUUUUUGCAUGGGUCAUAUACAAUGAAGGUUGGGGUCAAAAUAAAUCCCAUAAACCAGACUUUGAACUCACUGAUGCGAUUCGCCAUCUCGAUCCCACGCGUCUUGUAGACUCGGCGAGUGGUUGGUUUGAUCAUGGCGCUGGUGACUUUAGCGACGAUCAUCAUUAUGCCAGCCCAAGAUGUGGCACACCAACGCAAUACGUUGGCACCGAAGAGUUUCACCCUUCACGUAUUGGUUUCGAGGGCGAGUUUGGUGGCAUCGGUCAUAAUGUCUCGGCCAAUCACUUAUGGAAGGUUCAGCAAGCUAUCGACGGCAUCAAUGAAACUUAUGAGAUGUGGGAUACAGUUGAAACCUGGAAUGCCCGUGGUCAUUUCCUGCUGAGCGAGCUAUUAUUUCAGGUACAGGUUUACUCAUGUGCAGGCGCUGUCUGGACUGAAACAACAGAUAUCGAAGGUGAAGUGAAUGGCAUGAUGACAUAUGACCGCCGCAUCUUGAGGCCGGAUGUUGUUACAUGGAAUGCCGACAUCAAGGCAUUGUAUGAUGCUUCCGAGUACCGUUCAAAGGAAAAUCGUUAA